GGUCUGCCAGCACGUCGGCAUAGUGAUUAGUCGUGUUCAGAGAUUUGUAUGACAAUUCGGGAUGGCCGAGUCCGAUCCAACAAGUGAUCCCUCCACGAUGACUACGGAUGAACCCUUCUCUUAUCCGUAUUAUUUUCCUCCCUCCACACACGUGAUUGUUGGAUCUUACUUAGUGGUGAUCGGUCUGCUGGGUACCGUGGGCAACGGCCUGGUGUUGGCUAUGUUCUUAAAAUUCCGUGGUCUCAUCACUCCCACGUCUCUUCUACUCAUCAACUUGGCUGUUUCGGACCUCGGCCUUAUCGUCCUCGGAUUUCCCUUCUCGGCCUCGUCCAGCUUCGCGGGAAGGUGGUUGUUCGGUGAAGGCGGCUGCCAGUGGUACGCAUUCAUGGGUUUCUUAUUCGGCUCUGCACACAUCGGCACCUUAGCUCUCCUGGCACUAGACAGAUACCUGAUAGCUUGCCGGAUUAGUCUUAGAGGAAAACUUACGUAUCGGAGAUAUUGCCAAAUGUUGUCUGCCAUCUGGGGGUAUGCGUUCUUCUGGGCUGCGAUGCCUCUCUUAGGAUGGGGAAGGUAUGGCAUGGAGCCGAGUGUGACCACCUGCACCAUCGACUGGCAACAUAACGACUCCAACUACAAGUCUUUCAUUCUCGUGUACUUUGUCCUGGGUUUCAUGGUGCCACUGGCCAUUAUUACAGUCUGCUACUUUGCCAUCGCCCGGCGGAUCCGGAAGAAUACCGUCACCAAGCAAAGAGGGGUCGUCCACGAUCAGUGGACCAAUGAGAGAUCCAUCACACUUAUGUCAUUUGUGUUGAUCUUAACAUUUAUAAUCGCCUGGACUCCUUAUGCUGUUCUCUGCUUGUGGACCAUCUUUGACCACCCAAAUACGGUGCCCCCUUUCUUGACUUUGAUCCCUCCGCUCUUCGCCAAGGCGUCCACCGUCUUCAAUCCUUUCAUCUAUUUCUUCUCCAAUCCGAAACUCCGCACCGGGAUCGUCGCCACCCUCUGCUGCUGCAAAGAUGUGCACGUCGAAAGCAUAGAAAUGCCAGACUCGCCAGAAAGAGUGCCAAGCAAUAUCGAUGCCACGUAGAGAUCUGCGCCAACAAACAUGCCAAGCUUUUAGAAACGGGAUAUAUAUCACUACCUUCUUUUUUACCUCGAACGAAACCUUUUUAAGCCAAACAAAGAAGCCAAAAGAAGAAAAAUACGCGCCAGAAAUGAGAUAAACUAAAGCUUUUGAAUGCUAGAAUACAGCCUUUCAUUUUGUAUUAAAAAUGAAGCUUAGAUGAAUUUCUAAGAUGUCUGGAAGAGUAGAUAACGAAAUAGGUGCCAAACAAUAAAUUAUAUUCGAAACGUUUCUCUCCUAUUUCAUGCUGCAAGGAGCUAUCCAUAAGAAAAAGUUUUAAAAAUAUGUCGCCAAACGUGAAGAUU